UCUCUGCCUUAUUACAUGUAUGUAGACUCUUAUGUACCUAGGUAGAUGAGCCAAUGAGCUGGAUAAAUUUUGGUCCGUGCUUAAAUUCGUGCUUAAGCGAAUCGGAACAUUUUUAGUAUGCUCCGUUUACUUGGUUAGUCAUUUAAGUCACCUGACCCAACUAUCUUAUCACAACCUCCCAACCCCUCCUAUCUCCUAUGUUGUUUUCUUUCCCCUUUUAGCGCACUUGCCUAAAGUGGUCCAAGCUUCUUAAUCUUUUUGUUCGCUUAGACCCUAGUCUGGACCACCACCAGCCGUACUUUCUCACAAAAUCAAAAAUUCUAAGCUAGCAGCCCACUCAGUAAUCCAACCUGGAAUUUGACUGAGGAAAUUUCCAAUUUAGACCACAACUGAAAAACAUCCAACCCUUCUAUCGUCAUCCGCACUUCACGAACAAACCUCACAUCCCUCAGACAAAAUGACGAAGCGCACAAAGAAGGUCGGUGUUACCGGAAAGUACGGUACCAGAUACGGUGCCUCGCUCCGAAAGCAGGUCAAGAAGAUGGAAAUCACCCAGCACGCCAAGUACACCUGCACAUUCUGCGGCAAGACCUCCGUCAAGCGCCACUCCGUCGGUAUCUGGGACUGCAAGUCGUGUGGAAAGACUGUUGCCGGAGGAGCCUACACUGUCUCGACCGCUGCUGCGGCUGCCAUGCGAUCAACGCUGCGAAGAUUGAGGGAGAUCCAGGAGGUUUAGACGUGAUGCGAGGGGGGACGGCUAUUUUCUUUGCAUUUGGCUUCGGUGUACGGGAACACGGAAUUUUCUACGCAAACCAUGAAGGGUCAUGACGACGAUCGAUGAAUUCCCUUAGUA